CUUAGCCUAAUUGCGUGGCCAAGAUAACCAGUCUGUCCAUUGCCUACUCGUCCAGGAGGGGCCAGCACAGUACUGCAAUUCGUGUUAAAUCGGGCUGAUCUGAAACGGCGCUUUGUUUUCAUAGAACAAGGGUGGCCCAUUGAUUUCGCUACGAUAAAUGCCAUUCUACUACAUGGUCUGAUGUAGUGAGUUAAAGUACCCUAGGCUAGCAGAUUUGUGUGACUGUGAGAUGUCAGAUAAACUGGCGGGUUGUCCAGAAGAUCUGUGUAAUCAAGAUCCUUCAUAGCUAUAGGGUAGAGAUUUAUGGGAUUACUGUACAAACUCGUCGAGACAGCGACUGCGUUGGGUACCAGGGAGGAUGGCAGACGAAGCACCCAGGAUUUUAAACUAAAUGGCCGACACCGGGAUUCACGAGAAUAACUGAAUGAAUAGGACAUUUGAGCAGACCGAAUAGUGUUUGACAAAAUUAGAAGCUAUUAAGCCUAUGUCAGGGGAGAAAGUAUAUGCAACUGUGUCGGUUAUUGGCAACAAGAUGGAUAUCGGAGGACACCUUAUUCAUUGAGUGUGUUCUGUUGUACAGCAGUGAUGGCAUUUUUUAUUUAACGUUAGCCUACAGCUUAACGUAACGUCGCUUCUUCUGAACAGAUUUGUUUGCUUGGCUGCAGGAGAAAACGCAAUGAUGUUUAUGAAAUGCCACAGAAGCAAACUGUCGGUGUGGGCUGCUCUGUGUGUUUUGGUAUUGUGCUGGCUAUACAUUUUCCCUGUCUAUAGACUGCCAAGCGAUAAAGACAUAGUGGAAGAAGUCCUUGGACAAGGGAAAAUGUGGACCAAAAACCAGACGGGGAUAGACAUAUACAGGAAACUGAUCACAGAAUGCUGUGACCCCAGGAAGAUGUUCGCACUCACGAAGGAGAAUUCCCCUAUUGGCAAGGUCUUGUGGUAUGACGGUGAAUUGUACCACUCUCGCACAGUCAACAAUGACACAUACCCACUCUUUGUUAAGGAGACACCUUUGAAACUGCCCCUUAAAAGGUGUUCUGUGGUAGGCAAUGGAGGGAUCCUGAAGAAGAGUGGCUGUGGCAGGGACAUUGACCAGGCAGACUUUGUCAUGCGAUCCAAUCUGCCACCACUCUAUAAAGAGUAUACAGCAGAUGUUGGUACAAAAACCCAUCUGGUCACAGCAAAUCCCAGCAUCAUUGAGAAAAGAUUUCAGAACCUCCUGUGGUCACGCAAAGUGUUUGUAGAAAGUAUGAAGGCCUAUGGUUCCAGUUACGUCUACAUGUCUGCUUUCACCAUGAAGCCAGGAACUGAACCCUCUCUGAGAGCCUAUCAUGCACUGGCAGACACCUCUUCAAACCAAACAGUCCUCUUUGCUAACCCUGACUUCCUGAAGAGUGUGGGAAAAUUCUGGAAGAGACGUGGUGUGCAUGCCAAGCGUCUUUCCACAGGGCUGUUUCUGGUGAGCUUAGCGCUGGGCCUGUGUGAUGAAGUGAUGGCAUAUGGCUUUUGGCCAUUCUCUAUGGACUUAGACCAGCAGCCUGUUAGCCAUCACUACUAUGACAAUAUCCUUCCUGACUCUGGCUUCCAUGCAAUGCCUGAAGAGUUCCUACAACUCUGGAACCUGCAUAAAACUGGGACCUUGCAUUUGCACAUAGGUCACUGCACUGAAAUACAGAAAUGAAAAAAGCUAUAUGAAAUAUCCUUCUGAUUAGCACUCCUCUCCUGGAAACAAAAAUCUCAACACCACACUUAAACUAACAAAGUCAUACAUGAAGGACAGUUGCUGGGGCAGUUGUACUGACAUGUUAGAGACUGUUGCAGAUGUUAUUUCUUCACUAUGUGCACCUUAAAACAUGGCACGGUAUGUACGAACAGACCACACAUGAAUGAAACUUCAUUCUGCCUGCUACAGGAGUGCAGAAUAGCAAUGUAUUUUUCUUACUCAUGCAUAUGCAUUCAAGCGCUAUCAGGAAAAGAUGGCGUACUCCAGAGUAUGUUUCAAAAAUGCUGUUGUCUGUUAUACAGUGAACAUUUUCUGCCUUUUAAAAGCAUGUGUAAUCCAGACUGCGGUUAAAUGCAUGAAUAGGAGAAACUUUCAGAAACUAUAAGUUUUUGUUUCAUGUCAUCGACUUAAUAGACUUUUGAAUUUGUUUCUUAUAGCUGCACAAAUAGCUUGAGUAUUUUGGAGUCUGCCCUGCAUUAUGUCUGUGUUUGAUGCAUUAUGUCUUUGUUUGAUGACAUCUUAUUAGCAUGUACUUUUGCUGAUUGCUAGCAUUUUGAUUCUUUUUAAUGUCUGUGGUUGAUUUCUUUCAACUGCACUUCUAAUUGAAUAAUACCGUUCAGUUGUGGGCACCACAAAGAAAAUACUUUCAGGUUUGGUAAAUAGAAUGUGAAAAGAGACACAAUGUGCGGUUUCUAUGUCUGGUUUUGUGUGACAAUUUAAGCAUUGCAUUGAAAAAGAAAGCAUGCAAGGUCACAGCUAAAGGGUUAUACUCCAAUACCCAAUCCUACCUUUUGCAUGUAUGUCUAUAGUUUCCUCAUCCUUCAGGCCUUGCCUUCAGAACUGGUUCAGAAAUUUACAAUAGUUUAGAUGUAAUGUGGCCUAUUGUGUCACCCACAUUGACGCCACAUUUCACUAUGAUUGUUGGCAUACUGUAUGUAAAGGAUAAUAUAUAGUCCUUUGGUCAGUAUAAUAAAAUAAAUCCUGAGAGGAUGAACCGGACGCCAAUGUGCAGCAGAGGCUACCGAUGAGAAUAUAUGUGUGUGUUUUUCUUCAUGCAGAUACAUACCAGCGUAUUUAUUCAUAAUUACAAUGAAGUUCUGUUGCAAUUACGUGAAUGAACUACUUGCAAAAUGAUGCUAUGAGUAACACAAUGAAAUAGGCCUAAUUUAUUAGUAAUGAAGUGCAUAGUAUUUGACGAAAUACUGAUACGUUAUUUGAAACAGUUCACAGAAAAGAGUGUACAAGUGUUGCAUGUGCAUACAAUACCCCAUAACAUAAUUGCAUUUUAACAUGGGCAACUAUUAAAUUGUUUCAUGAAUUAUCUCAGCCCAUUACAAAUACUUCAUAUUCCAACAAAGAACAUACAGUUCAUGCAGGUUAUAGAAAAUCAGGCAAAAAGUGUAGGAAAGUGAAGUGUAGCAAGUGGUGACUCACAAUUAUUUAGUCAGAGUUAUUGUCCCAUAACCCAGCCAUUAAAAGGGAUAUGCUUUAACUGCAUUAUGCUUCAGCUAGCUGUUGUUGUUAUAUACAAACAGCUACAGGCUUUAGAGGAAGGUUUAUGUAUAAAUAAUUUAAUAAUGUAUUAAAUUUAGUGUGGUAGAUAAUGAUAUGAAUAAAACAGUUAAGGAACUUCAUGAAAUUGU